ACGACAACAAUACCAAUACCUGCAGCUGCGCGAGCUGGACCGGGAUUUUGCGGCGGUUCGGUCCCGUUCUGAGCAUCUAAACUGACUGUUGUGGAUUAAUGAGACUAAACGAGUCCGGACCGAGUCUGUUCCGGUCUGAGGAGAUCCGGAGUCGCGCGGACAACAAAGUGGAACCGGAAUCUGUGGAUAUUCGUGUGUAGCUAGCUGCUAGCUGCUAGCCGCUAACACGGCCCACCUCCCGAGUCGACGGUCGCACCGGCAUAUCCAGAACCGGACUUAGGGAGGACCGGCCGAGGCCUGUACCUGCUCCUCGGUCGGAGGCUCAGUCGAGUCCCAUGCCAGGUCCAGUGCCUGCUCCUCGGUCGGGGGUGCGGCCGAGGUUGUUUGUGGCCAGAGACCCUUCAUCGGCUCUCAGGCCACCAGCUCCCGGCAAAACUCCGUCGGUGGUCCAGCCAAGACCCUUGAGGGUUUCCCAGCCAGUGGUCUUCCCUUUUUACCCCGACCUGACACAUGGGACAUUUCAAUUGCAUGAGGGUUAAUUUAACCAGCAUCAGUUAAACUGACAUAAACUGAGUCAUACUCAUUUAAGUUCAUGAUUAAAAUAAAUCAUUUUAAAAUAAAGUAAAAAGCUAAACGGACUGGCUUUGAAACAGCGUUUGAGAAUUAUGGGUAAUUUUAGCCUUCCGCUAACUUAAAAUGCCCGAAAACUAUUUAUCAGAAUCGAGGCAGAAAUAAUGGCAUCAAUAAAGGUCAUCAGUAAGAGAGUCCAGGAAGUCUGACAGACUUUUAAGCUAAUUCAAGUCCUUAAAUUUUCUUUUAUGGAAAGAAGACCAUCAGACAGGUACAGAACACAACACACAGGCUCAGAUAACAAAUACACAACACAUAGACGAAAACCAGUUCAUAGAAAUCUGCUUAGCAACAACUAAAAAUGUUCAGUAUUAACAAUUUUCUGGCGAAACUUGAAUAAAUAGCUAACACAUUAAAGAUCAUACACAUUCCCUGAACGAACAUAAUGAAAAUAAAAACACGUAUUUCCAGUUAAAAAGAAAAUAUUCAUAAAAAACAUAUUCACAACGUUUUUUAUUGCAGAAGAUAUGAAAAUGAUAUUAUUUGGUAUGUUUCCAGACAGUCAUGCGACAUGGACACAGGGUGAUAAGAAAUAUCUAUAACUUGAUUUCAACAUGUAUAUUUAUCCACAAAGGUGACGUUUGUCUGAGUGUCAUCAUUACCUGAUGAGAUUUCCCCUCUGAACUCCUCAUAUGGUUUCAUUUAGAUAUCUCGGAGGGAAAAGAUUAGAAGUUCAGGCUUUUAGCUGAUAAUACAGUUCUUUUACUUCAGGAGGAUUUUAAAUGCAGGACUUUAACGUUGUUGUGCUGCUACGUUGACUCGGUGUGUGUGAGUGAGUUCCUACAUGACUCGACUCUCCUGACGCUCGCCAAAGAUUAAAAUAUUACAUUUUCACUUUUGUUGAUUGUUUUGUUUGCUGGUCAAACACUGGUUUGUAAUGGUGUCUUUCUAACAGACCUUGCAUUGAGCUGGUCACUCAGUCAUACUCCUGUGCUUUGUGCUCAUAUGAAUUAUGUUGCACUAAUAAGGAGUUACCAUAAAGUAAGACUGUAGUUGUGCUGUCUCACGAUCAGGAUAUAGUAAAUGUAAAUGCGACUGGUUAGAACUUGAAGCUACAACGAGGUCUUAAAAUGGAUGGACAGACUUUUAAAGAAGGUCUUAAAAGGUUUUAAAUGUAACUUCAGGAUUCCUGCAUGUACUAAACAAAAUGUAUGUUUCCUCUGAUUUCAGAGCCAUUAUGUGAAGCUACUACAGUUUGUUCUAUGGAUCAAUGCAGAAAUAAUGCGGAGAAUGUUUGGGUAGAUUUAUUUGACUGUUUGGUGUGCCAGGAGCUUCAGAGAGAUAGAACACAACACAAUAAGAGUUUAAAAUGUCAUUAAACUACAACUUUCUGCUGUGACUGCAGAGCCAGCGAGCUCUCUUCUCAUUCUCAUCACUCUCUCUGCUGUGAACAAAGAAAAAAAGACUCAAGGAUUUUAUUUGUUCAUUUGUCUUUCUUCAGAAUGUGGUGGGAGGUGGAGGAGGAGACCUGGGCCCUACCCUUCAUCCUCCUCCUUCUCCUUCUCCUCCUCCUUCUCCUCCUCUUCCUCUUCAUCCUCCUCCAGAUGCUAACCUGCAGCUCUCUGUAUCACCCCGGGACUCUGUGUUUGGGUGCAGAAGGAGCAGAUGCAACAGCAGCAGAUCUGUUCGAGUCCGACCUGUGGCCCUCCGGAGACUCGUCCCUCCUCUCCCUCGUCCUGUUUCAUGUCGCCUCUCUGAGCUGUCCUGUAAAAUAAUGGCCAAGAAAGUACUAAGAAGACAGAGGAAGUGUUUAGAGAACAGCUGAAGAGAGAAACUAACCAGCCGUCCCAGGAUGAAGGGAAGAGCGAGUCUUCUUCUCAGCGUCAUCAUUGUGGCAUGUUCCUCUGGCGUCGCUGCUCAGGUGACAGUGUGUGAAAAUGCCAAUGUGGCCGACAUCGUCUUCCUUGUUGAUGGAUCCACCAGCAUCGGCCCUACGAGCUUUCAGGAGGUCCGGAAUUUUCUCCGUGGAGUCAUCAAUGCCUUCGAUAUCGGCUUCGACAGAGUUCGGAUCGGCCUGGCUCAGUACAGCGAUGAACCUCACCAGGAGUUCCUGCUGAAGGAUCACACAGAUAAAAGUUCCCUGCUGACCGCAGUGGAAAACAUUCCCUACCGAACAGGGAACACUUUCACCGGCAAGGCCAUGGACUUCAUCCGGGAGCAGUACUUCACCGAAGUUGCGGGGAGCCGAGACAGCCAGCGUGUGCCUCAGAUCGCUGUGGUCAUCACAGAUGGAGACUCUGCUGAUGAUGUUAAGGAACCUGCACGGCUCUUGAGGCAAAAGGGAGUCAUAGUGUUUGGCAUCGGGGUGGGACAAGCCAACCUGAUGGAGCUCCAGUCCAUCGCCAACCAGCCAUCAGACCACUUCCUGCUCACCAUCGACAGCUACCAGGCUCUGCAGAAGCUGACGGACAGGCUGCUGCGAACUGUGUGCAUCUCUGUGGAGGAUCAGAGGCAAGCUCUGGUGGAGAAGUUUACGGACAUUUUCUUCCUGGUGGACAGCGGUAUUACUCAAGGACCCUUCUCUGUGUUUCGGGCUGACCUUAUCAAAUUAAUCAAUCAACUCUCCGUUGGAUCGUCCACCAACCGUGUGGGUUUGGCUACAUACAGUGAAGAAGCCCGCGUUGAAUUCUUUCUCAAUACUCAUCAAACUAAACAGGAGACCUUGGCUGCUGUCAGACGUUUCCGCCUUCGCCCACAGCCCAACAGACCACGUAACCUGGGCAGUGCUCUAAAAUUCGCCCACGCUAACUUUUUCACCGAUCAGGCGGGCGGCCGUGCAAGCCAAGGUUUUCAUCAGUUGCUGGUUGUUGUGAGUGGAAAAGACUCAGAUGAUAGUGUGAACGUGCCGGCUCGUUUGAUUAAGUCAGCGGGGAUAACUGUAGCUGCGAUGAGUGCAGGUGCAUCAAUGGCUGAAAUGGAAAUAAUCGGCAGUUCUCCGCUCAUAUUUGAUUCUCCAAGAGGACUUCUUUUAAAAGACUUCAUCCUGGCUAAGAAACUAGUGGAGACCACAACUGAAGAUUGCAAAGGAGCCAACAGGGCCGACAUCGUGUUCAUCGUGGAUGAGUCGGGCAGCAUGGGAACAUCCAACUUCCGGCUGGUGCGCUCUUUCCUUCACUCACUUGUGAGCGGCCUGGAUGUGGGUCUGGAAAAAGUGCGAGUAGGCAUCGUUGUGUUCCACGACACACCCUCAGCACAGACCUACCUCGACACGUUCGAUAACAAGACAGAUAUUCUGCAGUUCAUCAACAUCCUGCCGUACCAUGGAGGUGGCACAAGGACUGGAGCUGCUCUAGACUUCGCCCGGACACAAGUCUUUAUAAGGCAGAGGGGCCGCAGGAAGGAUGUCCAGCAGGUGGCAGUGGUGAUCACUGAUGGUCAAUCCCAGGAUGAUGUGAGCAAAGCAGCGGCUGAUCUCCGUCGGGCCGGAGUCACAAUUUACACCAUAGGAGUGGCAGGUGCCAACAAGACACAGCUGUUGCAGAUGGCGUCUGAACCCCCCCAUACGCAUGUUUUCGAUGUGGACAGUUUCAACCAGCUGAAGGGUCUGACACAGAGUCUGCAGAAAACCAUGUGCACGAACAUCAAACGCGAACAGAUCGCAGACAAGACAAGCAAAGAAGACGUCAAAGAAGCCUGUAUCCUGAAGGAUGAAGCUGACAUCUACUUCCUGUUGGACAACUCAGGAAGCAUCAAGUAUCAAGACUUCGAUGACAUGAAGGCAUUCAUCAUCGAGUUUUUUCAUAAAUUCCAUAUUGGGCCACAACAUGUCCGCAUGGGGCUUGUGAAAUUUGCUUCUUCACAAGAUUUGGAAUUUGACCUGGCAAAAUACUCGGAUGUCAAUCAACUGGAGAAUGCCGUACAACGUAUUAUAUUGAAAGGAGGUGGGACAGAGACAGGCGACGCGCUACAAUUCAUGGAACCCCUCUUUAAGACCGCAAUGGAAACUCGUCCCGGAGUCCCACAGCACCUGAUUGUCCUCACUGAUGGAAACUCCACCCAACCCAAAAGAGUCCCAGCUCCUGCAGAACGCCUGAGGGCGCUGGGUGUCAGAGUCUUUGCCAUCGGGGUGAAAGACGCAAUUCAGAAGGAGCUGGAAAUCAUUGCCGGCGACCGCAAGAGGACUUUCUUCGUGUAUAACUAUGAUGCCCUGAAGACCAUCACGGAUCGCGUCUUGAUAGCAGUGUGUACUCCAGCUGUUUGCAAAGACGUACAGAGUGACAUACUUUUCUUAACUGACAGCUCUGGGAGCAUCGUUCCAGAAGACUUCCAGAAAAUGAAAGACUUCAUGAAAUCUGUCGUCAGCUCCAUGAUCGAGCAGAAUGAGAUGCACUUUGGUGUAAUGCAGUUUAGCACCAACACAAAACUAGAGUUCCAACUGGACCGCUACAGCAGCAAAAAUGACAUGCUGAGAGCCAUUGAAGACAUGAGGCAGGUCGGUGGAGGAACGCUCCUGGGUGCAGCCAUCACAGAGGUGUCGCAGUAUUUUGAUCCAAACAGAGGAGGGCGUGCCGGCGUGGGGAAGAAGCUGAUAGUGAUGACAGACGGUGAAUCCCAAGAUGAGGUAAUAGGCCCUGCUGAGGUUCUCAGGGAUAAAGAUGUGACGGUCUACGCCAUCGGAGUAGAGAAUGCCAACACCACCCAGCUGCUGGAGAUCUGCGGUUCAUCAGAAAACGUCUUUAACCAGAGGAACUUUGAUGAACUGAAGGACUUGGAAAGCAAGGUGACCUUAAAGCUCUGCGAACCGAGAGAUUGUAAGAAGACACAAAAAGCUGACAUUAUUUUCCUGGUGGACAGUUCUUCAAGCAUAGAUUCAAAAGAGUUUGAAAGCAUGCGGAGCUUCAUGGCGUCAGUAGUGAACCUAACUGCAGUUGGCAGUCACCUGACCCGCUUUGGGCUCAUUCGCUACGCUGAUGUAGCCCAAUCUAUUUUUGCUUUGAGAGACUUUAACUCCAAACAAGAGGUUCUUCAAGCAAUAGCAGACUUGGGUCGAGCAGGAAUUAACACCUACACAAGCGCUGCCUUGUCCUACUCAGUAGAGUACUUUGGCGCUCAACAUGGCGGCCGGAAAGCCCUCAGUGUGCCUCAGUUUCUCAUGGUGAUCACAGACGGAGAUGCCACCGACCGUGACAAACUGAAGCCGUCAUCUGAUGCCCUGCGGAGCAACGGGGUCACUGUCAUCAGUGUCGGAGUUGAAGGAGCCAACAGAAGCCAGCUGGCCAUUAUGGCUGGUGACGACCCAUCAAAAUCCUUUUAUGUGGACAGUUUUGAAGGCCUGAAAACUCUGAUCACGGUUAUUCCUAAAAUCAUCUGCGAGUCUACUGAGAAAGCUGGCAGGUGUGAUCUGGUGCUUCUCCUCGAUCAGUCUGAAAGCAUCAAGGCGAAUAAUUACGGGCUGAUGAAAAACUUCUCUGUAGAUGUCGUGAACAGUUUUGAAGUCAAUGAGAAGUUUGUGCAUGUUGGAGCUGCACGAUUCAGCGAUAGUCUUCAGCCUGAGUUUUACCUGAACAAGUACUCCAGGAGGCAAGAGAUCAUUCAGCACAUCCGCGAUAUGAAGAAGAAAGGUGGAUUCACCUACAUUGGAAGGGCCUUGGAAUCCAUUGAGGAGUUCUUCACGCCGACACGAGGCAGCCAUGGUGGAAUUACCAAGAAUCUGCUGAUGAUCACAGACGGUGAAUCUGAGGAUCUAGUGGAGCAGAGGGCUGACCAUCUGAGGAAGCUAGGGGUCGAUGUGUUUGCCGUCGGUGUUGGAGACGUCCACGACCUGGAACUCUUGCAGAUCUCUGGCACCCCAGAGAGGGUCUUCAAGGUGUCAAACUUUAAGGCCUUGCCAUUCAUCAAGAAGGACUUAGUAGACAAAAUGUGCAAAAUUGAACCGUCAGAUGAAUGCACCAUUGAUAUCGCCAUGGGGUUUGAUAUUUCACAAAGAACGGGAGCCCUCGGUGAGAGGCUGGUGAGUGGCCACCCCUUGCUCAAGGUCUUCCUGCCAGCGAUCGCUUCUGCCGUUUCCACAGUAGAAGGUCUGUGCUGCACCUCUGCAGUCAUCAAGACCAAGAUCGCCUUCCGACUGGUCAGUCGUGAUGGAGGUCUCCUGUACGACACAAACUUUGAAGACUACAGCAAGGAUGUCGUGAGGAAAGUCAUGAACCUGCCGCUGACCGAAUCGACCUACUUCAACACCGACCUGCUGAGCUCCUUCAUGGCGAUGUUCAAGGCCACGUCCCAAGCUAAAGCUAAGGUGCUGCUCAUCUUCUCAGACGGACUCGAUGAAGACGUGAUGAAGCUGAAGAAUCAAGCAGCCGAUCUGCAAAAGUCUGGAAUCAGCGCUCUGCUGGCCGUCGCUCUGGAGGGAGCGCACGAUGCUUCCCAGCUGAAGAAGGUGGAGUUCGGCCGAGGAUUCGGCCAACAGACUCCGUUCAGCAUCGACAUGCAUAAUGUUCACAGCGCCAUCCACCAACAGAUUAACGUAGUGGCUGACAGGGUGUGCUGUAACGUCUGGUGCAAAUGUGUGGGACCUGAAGGCAGUCCUGGCGAUCGGGGCAACCCGGGGACGAAGGGUGAUCCUGGAAAGAACGGUCUGCCGGGCUACCCGGGAGAGGAGGGAGGCUCGGGUGAGCGAGGACCACCUGGACCGAGGGGACCUCCGGGCACCAAGGGCUGUCCUGGGAUCAGAGGACAGAAGGGCUUAAGAGGAGUCUCAGGCGACGCGGGUGAGAAGGGAGCAAAUGGAGUGGAUGGAGUCCACGGAGAGGAGGGACUGAAGGGACAAGAUGGAAUCAAAGGAGUGAAAGGAUACGCAGGAGAUCCGGGUGUCCCCGGCAUCAAGGGAGACAAGGGACUGAAAGGAUAUCCAGGAGCAAGAGGAGAUCGGGGUCAACCAGGUGUCAGUAACAACAUCCCAGGAGCUAAAGGAGACCCUGGGAGCCCAGGUUUUCCAGGCGAUCCCGGCCCGGACGGUGAGCCAGGUGAGAGAGGAGUCGAUGGAUUCCCGGGUCCAGAUGGAAGAAGAGGCACUCCUGGAGAGAAGGGCGCACCUGGAACAGCAGGAGCUCGAGGACUCCCAGGUGUCCAGGGUGCUUCAGGUCCACAGGGACGCCAAGGAGAAAAAGGCGAUCCUGGACUGCGAGGAAUAAACGGCUUCCCUGGACCUCAGGGUUCUCCAGGACAACCGGGAGGCCCGGGACAACCCGGACGCCGUGGCCAUAAUGGACAGAAGGGCCAACCAGGAGAACCAGGUGCUCCAGGUGUUCCAGGCUCACAGGGAUCCAGAGGAAUGCCAGGUCAGGAUGGGAGAGACGGUUAUGGACCUAAAGGAAGCAAAGGUGCCAAGGGAGAUCCUGGUUUUCCUGGUCACCCUGGUCUACCGGGUCCUCAGGGUGCAAAUGGAACCAAAGGAGGUCCAGGAGGCAAAGGGAGCAAAGGUCAAGAGGGGAGACCAGGCAGAGACGGAGGAGACGGCGACCCUGGAACAGAUGGAGGUCCAGGACACCCGGGUCCCAGAGGUCCUCCUGGAGAAGGCAUCCCGAAAUGCAAUCUGAUCCGCAUCAUCAGAGACAACUGCACGUGUUGCAUAGGUCGACCCCAGUGCCCGGCCACCCCCCUCGAGCUGGUGUUCUCUCUGGACAUGUCUGCGGAUGUGACCCCGGCGAUCUUCGAGAGGCAGCGUAACGCCCUCAUCUCCCUGCUGGAGGACCUCGCCAUCACCGAGAGCAACUGUCCGACAGGAACUCGCGUCGCUGUGGUGGGAUACAGCUCCUCCACCCAGUACCUGAUUCGCUUCAAUAUCUGGCGCUAUAAGAGACAGUUGAUCGAGUCUGUGAAGAACAUCUCCCUGGAGGGAUCUACCGACCAACGCCAGCUGGGGGCCAACAUGUUGUUUGUGGGUCGCAAUGUCUUCAAGCACGUUCGUGCAGGACUAACAAUGAGGAAAGUGGCUGUCUUUUUCACCAAUGGGCCGACGGAGGACAAUAAUGACGUCACGACUGCCCUGAUGGAGCUCCGGGCCCUGAACAUCUUCCCAGCAAUCCUCUCCAUGCGUAACGCUGCACUUAUUCAAAGAGCAGUCGAGGUUGACGACACUGGACACUCCAUCUUCACAGUGCUGGGGAGGAACAUGGCUGCUGACCUGAGGAAGGUGAAGAACUGUGCCAUCUGUUUCGACCCCUGUAGGCCUUCAGAGGAGUGCUCCUUCAUCCAGGAGCCGGCGCAGCCUCAGCAGGUGGACAUGGACCUGGUCCUGGUGGUGGACAGCUCCAGGGAGGUGAAGGCUGAUGAGUAUGUGGGCGCCCAGCAGCUGUUGGGCUCUGUGGUGGAACAGCUGGCUGUGAGCUCUCAGCCCCGCAGGGCCGGGAACCAGGCCCGGGUGGCUGUAGUCCAGCAGAGCGGUACCCAGGUCACAAAGCCGGAGUUUGGCCUGCAGACCUACCAGAACCACGACCUGAUGAAGACCCACCUGAUCCAGACCAUGAGGCAGCAGGGCGGCUCCUCGGCGCUGGGACACACGCUGGAGUUCACCCUGAAGGAGGUGCUGAUGAAGGCCAGCCAGCCCCGGAGGAGGAGGGCCAUACUGACGGUGGUGGGAACCCAGACGGCUUACGAGGACCGAGCCCGGCUGCGCUACUUCUCCCAGAAGCUCAAGUGUGAGGGGGUGGCCAUGUUUGUGGUGACGGUCAGCGAGCGCUUCAACCGGACGCAGGUGGAGGAGCUGGCCAGCCUGCCUGUGGACCAGCACCUGAUCCACCUCAGCAGACUGAAGGCCGAGGAGCAGGGCUACGCCCAGCGCUUCUUCAGGGUCUUCCUCUCCGCCCUCGACAAGGGAACCAACACGUAUCCUCCUCCUGCAAUAAAACAGACCUGCAGCCAGCUGUCGGACAUAAUGAUAGACGAAACUUUAAACGGUCAGGGCUCGGCUGAACUGGAGGAGGAGUUUAUGGCAGAUGAAGUAACUGACGUGUCUCAGGUCCAGACGGGACAGAGGGCUGUGAUGACAUCACCGAGCAGAGCCACCGACCCGGGUUCACUCUCAGGAGCUCCAAUCAACGCUGCCUGCCUGCUCAGACAGGACGCCGGCGGCUGCCAGCAAUACGCAGAGAUGUGGUUCUUUGACAACGAUCACAGGAGAUGCAUUCGCUUCUGGUACGGCGGCUGCGGUGGUAACAAAAACCGCUUUAAGACGAAGAAGGACUGCGAGCAGACCUGUCUGACAAAGACUCAGAGAGGAGGACUCGCUGUCAUGGGACGUGAACGGAUCGAAUGAAGUAGAAGUGUCGCUUUGUUCCGAAGGUGAAGCAGGAAAAAUCAUCGAAAACAUUCAUCUUCAAAGAAAAAAACACAGUGACUUCACAGAGAUGUGAAGACGAGAGAACCUUUUAAAACGCUGAUGAAAACACAUGCGGGUCAGUUUCAGCUGAUCCAGAACUCAGCAGCUGUCUAACAUCUUCUUGACGAGUUUAUUCAGGUUUUUUUUUCCUUGAACAUGCAUGUUUUGUUUCUGAGAUUUAUUUUAAUGAAUUAUUUGGAGAUUGGGUGAUUUUUUUUUUUUUUUUAAUCUCACAAACUUUCUGCUGGACGUUUGAUCCAUAACACGGACUUAGAGGUCCUUCAGGAUGUGUUUUGUUUUUGACAAGAUGAGGUGCUAUUUUUGUUUCCUUUUUUAAGAGAAGCUGGACGAAUACUCUCAUUUAAAUUUGGCAAAAUUUUUUUAACAACACACUAUCAUUUUCUUUUCUGCACUACUUUGUGAUUAAAAGUUAUAUUUCACCUAACUACAAAACUCAAGUCGUGUCCAUCAGUACCAUUAUGCAGAUUAUCUGUCCAUAUCUACAGCGUCUAUAAGUACAAAACAGCCUUCAAGCGGCAAAAACUUUUUCCGAAAGACGAACACCACGAACCGUUUCAAUACAUUCAACCAAACUUCCAGCUUGUUUCACCUCUGCUGAUCUUGACAUUUUAAUUCCCAGCUCAUGAAUCCUGUUAAAAUACAACAAUGCACAAUAGAAAUAAAUUGCUGUGAUCAACAGCUGGCAGCAGGAGUUUCUCUCUGCCACAAGAUGGUGUCAAUUCAUCAUCGUCAGAUCUGAGGUCAGUCAGCUGCAGGAGUCUGACUGCAGCGCUGGGACAGAUGAAAGAACAAUAUAACAAUGAUGCACUUAUCUCAUUUUAUUCUACUUUAUACUUUGACUUCAUCACAUUCCAGAGACAAAUAUUGUAAUUCUCACUUUUUAAAAUCAGUUUGAAGACCCAGGUUAAAAGUUACUGUGCAGAUUUUACUAAUACAAUAUGUAUAUACAAUACAUAUUCAUUUAUAGAUUAACCUGUGAUUCAUUAAAUGUGGUAUUAUUAGUAACCUACCAAACAUUUAAUGCAGUAGAAAUAGAUCCACUUCAGCCAGCUGUGUUUCUCGUUCACGUGUCAGUGCAUCAGGGAUAAUAUUCAAAUGACAAAAAUACUAAAAGUAAUGGAGACUUUAGUUUGUUCAUUAGGACAGCUUUAAAGAUCUCUGCAGACAAUAAACUCACCAAAUUACACUCACUUUAAACUGCAGAUCUACAUUAAUACUGUUAAUUGAAUGUGUUGUUUUUUUCAUGUUGUACUCAGCGAACACCAACUUACUGAAAUACUGAAUAAUGAAUAAAAACCAUGUGAAGAGAA